AUGCCGAAAAAGGCCGCCAUGCGGCGCGGCAAGCCGCCCGCCCCCGGCCAAGGGAAGAGGCGGCGCCACGGGCCGCAGCUCUCCAAGGCGAUGCGUCGGGAGCUCGACGCGAUGGGGCCUGGCCCUACCCGCGGAUCCGACGACGAGGAGGGGUCUGACGCGGUGGCCGAGGACGUGUACGAGUACGAGGAAGGGGUGCCCGAGGAGGAGUCCGGCAAGAACGGCCGCUACGACGCCGUGGCCAAGUACGAGUACAAUUUCGACAGCGACGCCUCCGAUGCGGAUGAGGAUGUGCCUUCGGAGGAAGGCGAGGAUAUGGAGGAAGAUGAUAAUGACGACGGUGAUGAUGAGGACAAGCAGAUAAGAAUACUUCAGGAGACGACUGGAAUGCCCAGAGAAGCUUUCGGUGGAAAGAAGAGGAAACAGCCAUUGGAGCUGCCUCUGCAGCAUGGUGAUGGAGAUGGACCUGUCACAAUUCAUGAUCUCUUGGACAACGUCCAGGGGAAACCUGGGUAUAGCAAGAUCCGUAAGAGGCUGCAGCAGCAGGAGAAAAAACGGAUGGUCGUGCUAGCCCCACUUCCAAAAGUAGAGAGGGACAAGAUUGAGCGCAACGUGACGUUUCAGAAAUCCAAGAAUGAGCUAACAAAGUGGGAAGGAAUUGUGAAGACUAACAGGGAAGCUCCUGUACUAUACUUUGAAAAUGAUACCAACUUGGGUGUGAACACUGUUGCAGCAAUUGCUAGCGAAUUUAAACCAAGGACUGAGUUUGAGAAGAGGAUUGCUGAGAUUACGCAAAGUACUGAUAUAAUAGAAGCACACAAGAACGAUGGUGCCAAAAUCCUGGAACUUAACAAGGACAUAUCACGGAUGUUGAAGAAGGACAAAUUGAAGGCAGCAUCAGCAGAUUUCGAGGCAGAUCCUGAAGCUGUCAAAGAUCAUGCUAGGAAACAAGAAUUUAAACGGGCAGAGGAAAGGAUGACAUUAAAGCACAAGAAUACAUCACAAUGGGCAAAGCGAAUCAUCAAGCGUGGAUUGUCUGUUCAAGAUGAAGGCACCCGAGCUGCUAUUGCAGCACAGCUCCAACAAAAUACUCUUCUGACUAGAAAAAUGAAUUCCAUGAAAGAUGAUUCUAGUAGUGAAGAAAGUUCAGAUGACGAUGAAGACGAGAGUGACUCAGAAGCAAAAAUCUUAAACAGAGGGAAAGAAAAGAUUCUUAAAGCUCUUGAAGAAGACAAUGAGAUACCGAAUUCUGCAGUUUUUUCGUUGCCUUUCAUGGAGCGUGCUAUGAAAAAACGUGAGGAAGCAACUUAUGAGGAAGCACGACAGGCUCUUGAAGAAUACGAUGAUUCCUUGAAGAAAUUGGAGGAGAAUAACACUGAACAGAAUGAAGACUCAAUUAAGGUGUCAGGUAAAAGAACAUUUGGGCCUGUCAAAAAUACACACGAAGAGUUCAAGAAGAGGAGAAAAUUACAUGAUACUGAAAACAGCAGUGAUAGCGAGUAUGAUUCUGAGCCUGCCCAACAUUUGAGCAAUAAUGAAGUAACUAUGAAACAUGAUGAUAUCCAAUUGGGGAAUGCACUACUGGAUGAUGAACCGCAGAAUGAUAUAUACAAAAGCUUUAAUGAUAUCAUAAAAAAUCCUCGUCCUAAGACAACUUUUGAAGUUGGAAUGUUAGCUGGUGAUUCAUGGAAGAAGGUCAAAAGUAAUAAAGGAAAUGGCCAGAGCAAUGGCAAUGGCAUUACCAAUAAAUCCAAAUUACCAGUUCCUUCUAUUGUAGACCCAAAGCCUAAGCAACAGGAUCACAAGUCUGAUUCAGAUUCCGAGGAAGAGAUGGUCGAGGGCUUCUUGACUGUCUCUGACAGAAAGGAGAACUAUGAACUUCCAUUGCAAGCUGAUCUCAUACGUCAGGCUUUUGCUGGUGAUGAUGUUGAAGCUGAAUUUGAGAAAGACAAAAUGGAUGUUUUAAAUGAGGAGAAUCCUGAACCUGAAAAGCCUGCUCUUGUUCCUGGCUGGGGCCAGUGGACAGACAUCCAACAGAAAAAAGGACUUCCCUCAUGGAUGAUAAAAGAACAUGAAGUUGCUAAAAGAAAUAGACAAGAAGCCUUGAAGAGGAGGAAGGACUCGAAGCUUAAGCACGUCAUUAUUUCUGAACAUGUAGAUAAGAAGGUUGAAAAGUAUUUAGCAAGGAAUUUGCCUUUCCCUUUCACGUCGAAAGAUGCGUAUGAGCAGAGCAUCCGAAUGCCUAUUGGGCCUGAUUUCAACCCAGUGAUAUCGGUUUCUGCUCUCAAUCGACCUGCGAUUGUUAAGAAGCCCGGUGUUAUCAUCAAACCAAUACAAUAUGAGGAGGUUAAUCCCCAUGAGAAGCCUGAUGAACCAAAACGAGUCAUUCAGAGAGCAACCCCAAACCGGAAUGCAAAGAAAGCCUUUGCCAAACAAGGAAAGGGGGCAACUUCACAAAAGAGAAAGUGA